GAGUCGUUAGCGCCAUCAGCGCGUCGCACUGCGUCGUCAGCACUAUGGAGGUCCCUAGGUCGACAAUUUCUAGGUGAUGUACUGUACCGCCGACCAUUUCGGCCACUACUGGUGAGCAUUUAUUAUGUUACUGUACUAGUAUGGUCGUAUAAUUGAUGGCGAGACCUAAAUCAUUCUAGCAACAACAUACAUCAGCUCCUGCAGUUUUUCAGUGCACCCGCAGCAUGGACAAUACCGGCAGGAGCACGGAUGGACACGUGGCACUCGAUCCCCAUUCCCAUUGGUCCUUAGGCGAUCUUAAUCGUGAGCUUGACACAAUCCAACGACGCACAGGCCCGGUUCCCGCCAAGAUCCGACCGCGAAAUGCGGCGGGUGCCGAUUCGAAGGGCUCUCGUCGUCUCCAAACCGGAUCAGCUGGCACCGCCGCCGCCCCCGCCGCCUUCGGAAACGGCGCGUUUGGCGCUGUUCCCUGCUGGCCGGCAGAAUCAGGAGGCUCUGCGCGAUCUCCGGCGCGAUCAGCGCCGCGAUCCCCGGCGUGGAUGACGGCGCGUCGAGGGUCCGCGAGCAGCAGCUGUAGCAGCGAAGAGGAGAGGGAGGAGACAGGAGAAGGGGAAUUCGGGAGGAAAGGAAGAUUUGUUUUAUUAUUCUCCGGGUGUGCACGCGGAAGCGGGUAGCGGGGGGAGGGACAGGCGGAAGAGCGGGGGGAGCAGCGGAAAGAAGCCGCGGAAGGCGUCGUUUCACAUCAGCCUUAGCAGCAGCGACUCUAGCGGGUCAGAAGGGGAGGGGGACGCGGGGAAUGAGGAACGGAGUGGCGGAGCGGGGGGUGAGCGGGGGGAGAGGGGGAGGGUUGGCGGAAGGGGGAGUGAGCUGGACGCGGAGAGGCCAGUGGCGCGGCCUGUGAGGCGGGUGGAGGCGGAACUGGGGGAGGUGGAGCGGAAGCUAGCUGCUGAGGUGGAGGAGGAGCUGCGGCAGCGGCGGUUGUCACUCGAAAGACGGCUGCAUGAGGAGAGGGUGAAGGGGCAAGCAGCGAUGGAGGAGGUGCAGGUGCAGCGAGGGGUGGUGGAGGCGAUGCUGGACCGGCUUGACAGGGAGCACUGGAAGGCCAUGGAGGAGAUGAGGGAUUCUCACAUUCGCCGACUAUCUCAGGAGCACGAGCAGAAGUCAGAGGCUGGGGAAACGCAGCUUCGGAGAGAAGCCGCGGCAGCGGAGGCUCGGCGCCGAGCCGAGAUCGAAGCUGAGGUUCGGGCAAAGCUGCAGAAAGAGAUGGAGGAGGAGAGGAGGAGGGAGGAGCAGGAGAGGAGGAGGAGGGAAGAGGAGGAGAGGAGGACAGAGGAGGAACGGAGGAGAGAGAUGGAGAGGCAGCAAAGAGAGCUGGAGGCAACUAGGAAGGCAGCACAGGCGGAAAAAGCAGCAGCAGAUGCAGCUGACGCAAGAGCAGCAGCAGAGGCUAAAGCAGCAGCAGCGCGUGCAGCAGUAGAGGCAAAGAAGAAGCAAGCCCAACGGUCCUCCAAAGUGCGCGUGGCAGAGGGGGCGGCAAGGGAGGCAGAAGCCCGGCUUGCACGGCUGAAGGCAAUGCGCGAUGAGAUUGCUCCUAUCAUGGCGGAUAAUGCGAGGAAGAAGGACCGCAAGGCCGUGGAGCGGCGCAUCAUCCUGCUGGUUCAGCAAAUCUCGGCCACCCACGAUCAAAUCGCGAAGAAGUCUGCUGAUCUCGUGGCUCUCUUGCUGGACCCAUCUCUUCCACAGCCCUUUGUCGCCAUCACCUUCGCCUCUAAGAUCUUAUCCCAGUGCGAGUCCCAAGUAACCAAGUUACCGCCGUUUGCCUUUGCUCUAGCGCAAGUCAUUGUGAACGUGGCUUCCAGGGCUCCCAUAGCCAUGGAAGCUUUGAUUGGAAGCUUCAACGAGGUCUGCAUCUACACCAUUCCACAGCAUUAUGUCUUCUCGGAGGCCUCUUACCCCUCUGAUGAGGCGUAUUACCGUGAUUUGGGGUACAGGGAGGAGGACGGGGAGGGUGGCAAGAAGAGGAUGGAAUCGACCGAUGCGUUUAUAGAGAGGAUGACCGGAUACAUUAUACUCAUGGCUGCUAUUUGUCAGACCAUUCCACCACCCGGCACCGCACAGCACCCCUUUGGUUUGUCCCAUGCGUGGCAGUGGUGCGCUCGGCUGCUAAACCACCUCCCAGCCAACCGGGCAUCUGCCACGGCUCUGGAAGUCUUUCUCAAGAUUGCUGGUUACCGCAUGCACCUGACAUACCGCUCUCAGUUUCUGAAGCUGCUGGACGUGGUGGGGAACGAGUACCGGGGCAAGCUGCAGGCUCUCAACGAUCCUGACGUGUCCCCCGUGGUUAACCGAAUCGAGACAUACGUCGGCGUGCAGAGAUACUUGAAGCCACCCGAAGGGUUGGAGAUGCCGCUGCAUGAUAAAUCGUCUCAACUUAGAGCAUAGUAAAAGUUGACACGGUAACCGGAUAACUGUGUGUGUGUUGCUUUCCGAACUGAAGCAUAAGGUUGGUUGGUUAGAGCUUGCCCUGGAGUACAUGUACAGGGGAGUCCCAGAGAUAAAGCAGAGAGAUCCCACUAAAGCACACAAGUCACACACCAUGCAUGGCUCUUCAGCUAGCUAGCUACUUGUCAGCUGUGAAGUGCAUUUUCUGUUCCACACC